AUGUUUGUAGAUUCACACGGUGCAUCGUGUCCACAUGGAUGGACGAGUCAUGCCUUAUCCUGUUAUGUGUUUAUAGAGGAUCUUCUUAUUGACUUUACGGAAUCAACGUCGUUUUGCAAUCGACUUCAGGGGAAACUCGUAGAAAUAGAAUCAGCAGAUGAGAACAACUUCAUACGAAAUUAUUUGCUCCAUAAUACGUCUCACACACAACACUUUUGGAUCGGUGGAACUGACGCCGUGUUUGAGAAUGAAUGGAUGUGGAUAUCUACACUGGAAAAAAUGGAGUUCACUGAUUGGUCACCUAAUCAACCUGACAACUAUAUGUCACAUCAGGAUUGUGCAAUGUUUUUCCUACCUGACAACUAUCAUUGGAAUGAUCAUUAUUGUGAUGUAAAAGCUGGCUACAUCUGUGAAAGAGAAAUAGAAGAUGGAGGUAGUGUAAUAGGAUGA